AUGAAUAGUGAAAGUGGUGAAUAUUAUGAAGAAUCUGUCGUAAAUGACACGUGUGAAUAUUUGGUGAGUGAACACUUUUUACUGAUUUGGUUUUGUUUUCAGUUAUUUUGAGUUCAAAAGUUGUGGGAUCUUGAAUUUUUUAACCGGAUUUUUUCAAAAAAAAACUUCUCUAUUCGAAGUUACUAGUUAUAACAAUUUAUAGUUUUUUUUUGAGAUUGAAGAAAUUAUUCAAAAAUCUUCCAAUUUCCAAAAACCAAAUUUUUGCAGGGCACCGAUCACAUCGAAGGAAAAAUCUAUUACAUCGGUGUAUUUGCAACUCUAAUCGCAAUUCUCUCAAUAAUCUUCAACACAUUCUACACAAUCGUUUUCAUCCGGAAUCCGAGUUUAAGGUAUCCCUUUUUGUUCUGUUUAUAAGAAUUCACUUUCAAGAUUCUGUUUUUAUUAGGUAAUUCAGAUUAAAUAGAUGUUUUUCUUCACUAUUUUUAUUUUCACAUAGCAAAAAACUUUUGUUUUUUAUUCUCUUAUUUUUCCAGAAUAAGAAAUUUAAUGUUUUUUGAUCUGACAGACAUAUUGAAGUUCUCGAAGAUGUCAAUCAAAAGUUUUCUAAUUUAAAAGCAUUUUUUGAUGAAACAGGAAACAUAUCCAGGAAAACAUCAUACUUAAAAUUAAUGAUUCGAUCGAAUUUCCGGCGGAAAAUUGGAUUGUUUUUUUAAAAAGAGGAAUAUUGAAAUUGGUUAGGGAAAAAACUUGGAUAUUUUCAGGCGUUCGGGUGUGUUCUAUUUUGGUGUAAUUGCUGUUAUCGACAUCAUAAUGGCUAUCAAUUAUAUUGCAGCAAUGUCACUUCCAGUUCGUUUUUUUCAUUGUUUGCAGAUUUUGAAAAAUGUUUGAAACUAAAAUUUUUGAGAAAAACUUUUCGAGAAAGUUUUGAACAUCUCAAAUCAAAAACCCAAGAUGUUUGAAUUCCAAAAAUUUCCCCAUUCACAACAAAAAAUAAGAGUCCUUGAAACAAAAGCCCUUAAAUGUUGCUGAAAAUUAUAAUUAUUUUUAGGUUUACAUGGACUACUUCCUCAUUUUGCCACUUUAUCAUCUAUUUUUAUCAUAUUUUCGAGUUGUUCUAACUGAAUCAAAUUGCGCUAUGUUUGCAUCGAUGUUAUUGAUUGUUUUGGCGACGACCGAAAGAUUAUUGAAAACAUUUCAAGAUAAAACUAUCGUUUCUUGUAGAAAGUAAGUUGCCAUGUUAAGGUUCGCGUGAUUUUGCUAGCUAAAAUUUGACACUAAUAAUUUCAUAGACGCUCAUAAAAUUGUCUCAUCAUUUAAAAUUCCACCUUCUCCGAAAAGCUUUCUCAUUUCCUCAUAACAAAUAAUAAAUAUUUCAGAUUUUUGGAGCGAAAUCGUUAUCAAUUGAGCGCUCUUUGCCUUAUUCUCGCAUUUGCCUAUAAAUAUUCAAUGUACUAUGAAACAGAUUUGAAAGUCAAAGAACAUUGUGAGGGUUGGGCGUGAGUUUUUUAUUUUCGUUAUUUUGGAGUUGUGACAAUCUCGAAAAACAAAUGACUUAUUUUUAGGAGAUAUGAGAUUAUUGCGGGAGAAUAUGCAAUUGAUGAGACUUAUCGAUUUUGGUUCAUGUUUUUGAUGCGAAAUAUUUUGGAUCGAUUUUUGCCGUUUUUUGCAUUGAUUAUGAUGAAUAUUGUGAUUAUUAGAGUGAGUUAUUGAGUUUGCACGAUUUUCAGAAUAUACUAAUUUUUGAAAAAAAAUGAAUUUUUAAUUGACGAACUUCAUAAUAUUGGGGUUCUUACUUAAAAUAUUCUUAAUCUAUCAAAAAAUUUCUAGGCUACCAAAGAAGAGGAACUUCGAAAAAUCCAAAAAGAAAGUGUUGGAGGCGGUGAGAAAAAAGCUAUGGAAGUCAAAUCGCAUCGAAAGAAUGUUCGAGAUGCAACUCGAGCACUUAUCAGUCUCGUUUCCAUAUAUUUAUUAUCUCAAUCGUUACAAGUUGUUCUUGCAUUUUGGGAAACUAUUAACCGUGAUAGUUUGGAGGAUUACCCGGUUAUUUAUUCGUAUUUGAAUGAUACAUGUUCAAUUUUCACACUUUUGGCAAGGUAAUUCACUUAUUUUCCAAUUACUAAAUUUAAAAUGAAAACAUUUCAGCUGUCUCCGUUUUCCUGUUUAUUUUAGUUGCAAUCGUUUAAUUCACACAGCCUCAAUUGACACUUUGAAUGGAAUGCGAUGUUUCAAACGAAACAUCAAAAAAUCGUCAGCAGAAUAUUCGCCGAUUCAUGGAUUGCCUCAAACAAGUCCAGAAAGUUUGAUUAUUUCCAAACAAUCUGUUAUUUAUGAUGAGAAUUUGGAAGAAUGGAGAUUGUAA